CUGACAGUCCGAGCAAUAUUGGCCAUUGGGUGAUUAUCGAAAAAUGGGAGUUUUGUGAAGCGGGUGUUGUAAAAAUAAAUAAAUUCCUUAUUUUAGGACAAUUUAUUUUUCGAAUUUCUUAUGUAAUAAGUAUGUUAUACGAUAAAUGUAUUAUUAUUUUUAAAUUAAUGAAAUGACGUUAAGUUUCAAUAUCAUAAAUAAUGAAUUUAUAGGUGCUAAGUAAAUUUUAUUAUGUUUAAUGAUGUAUGAAGCUAAGAACCGUACAUAUUUAUUAUUUAAAUAGGUAUACAUUGAUGAAUACAUUUCCAUAUAAUGUCGUCUCCAAUAAGACGCUUAUGCCAUUGGGGUCCAAUUGCAGUUUUAGGUAUAAUCAAAUUGAUAACAUGGUCAAUGGUACAUUUGAUGGGGAUGUGGUGGCCACCUCACGAAAGUCUCGGUGCUGCCUUACAUGCAGCUAUGUUCCUAGGUUUAGCUGCUUCCACUCUAUACUACUUCCUACAGGCCUUACUCGAAGGUCCAGGCUUUGUGCCCUUGGGAUGGAAACCAGAAAAUGAGACUGACACGGAUUAUCUGCAAUAUUGUACAGUUUGCAAGGGAUAUAAAGCGCCAAGAUCACACCACUGCAGGAAAUGUGGCUACUGCAUAAAGAAAAUGGAUCACCACUGCCCGUGGAUUAACUGUUGUGUUGGUCACGCUAACCACAGCUACUUCACAUUGUUCCUAAUAUCAGCUGUUCUGGGCUGUUUUCAUGCUUCUAUCGUGCUGUCCAUAUGCCUGUACCACGCCAUCAACCGCCUGUGGUACAUCCACCACGGCACGGGCCAGGAGCCGAUGAUAUACCUCACUCUGACCACGUUGCUGCUCACUCUGCUGGCUACUGGAAUGGCUAUAGGUGUCGUCUUGGCUGUCGGGACUCUGCUAUAUUUGCAGGUACGGGGCAUAGUUCGGAAUCGUACCACAAUAGAAGAUUGGAUUAUAGAUAAGGCGGUCUGCAGACGAGAAGAGCAGGGUCUGCCUCCCUUCGUGUUUCCCUACGAUUUGGGGUGGAAGAAGAACGUAUACCUGCUGUUCCACGGGUCGCAGUACGACGGUAUACGGUGGCCCGUCGUCGACGGCUGCGGGGAAUACGAUCUAACGGUGGAGCAGCGCGCGCAGAAGGCGGACAAGCGGUCGCGCGCGCGGCUGUACACGGCGAGCCGCGCCUACUCGGGCCGCUGGCUGCCGCUCGUGGCCUUCCCGCGCGCCGCGCUGGCGCCGCCCUGCACCGACGAGCCGCGCCUGCCGCUGCGCCGCGGGCAGCCGCUGCGCGCCACGCGCCAGCGACGGCACUGGCUCUUCGGCGAGAAAUUGACGGAGGCAGGUGAAGGUGUGCGGGGCGCGCGGGGCUGGUUCCCGCGCGCGGCGGCCACGCCCACCGCGGCCACGCCCCCGCCGGCGCGCGGCCCGGGCCCCGCCCCCCGCGCGCACAAGCACAAGCCCGAGUAGCCGGGGCCCGUGUGAGCGACGAACGGACGUCGGUCGACCUCGACCCAGACCGGCUUCACACGGGUGCAGUUUAUUACACUCAGGAAACUCUAACACACUUAGGAAUAAUGGAGCUUUCUACCAGUGAAAAUUUUUUUAGAAUUGGAUUAUUUGUUUCGGAUAUUACCCAUUUACAAACAAACAUAUUAACCUCUUUAUAAUAUUAGCAUAUAUAAGAAUAAACUAUGCAAACAUUGGCUCGAUAUUUAAAUUUAUUAUGUUUUUUUAGAAUAGUAACAUUGUAAUUUUGAUACAGGCUUUGAAUUGGUGUUGGUGAUAUAUGUUUUGAAAUAUUAAUAUUAUUACCGUAUUGUAUAAUGGUGCCAAGUCGUUGUACAAAAUCUACACUAAAUAACAGCCAAAAAAUAUUGCUAUCCUAUUCAUUUGGGUCGGUUUGAUAAGGAUAGCAAGACUGUCAAAGCUGUUAAAUUAAUUUAGUUUAGAGAUUGUGUACAACAGAUUCUGCAUCUAAUACAAAAGUCAUUAAAUAUUUAAGUAUAAAAUGUUUAACAAUAAGUACAUGGUAAUUAAACGCAUUUUGUAAAGUUUCUAGUAAUAAUCCGCGAUCUCAUAUGUAAACAUACAUAAUCAGAAUUAAACGAAUUUAAUAAACUGUGUAGAAAUGUAUCGUUUAACUUUGUACGUACGUAACAGUUAUUUCGUACUGUAUAUAUGUAUUUUUUCGACUAUUUGUCAGUCUAUAAUAAUAUUAUUUUUGUAAAAUUUGAAAUAUUUUAUGUUUAUAAGCAUUUUACUUCAAAUUUGGUACAGGAAGAUAUAUCGAUGUUAAUUUUAGGUUAUGUAUUCUUUGAUUUUUUCUAAGCAAGGCUUAAUCAUAUUGCUUACUUUGAAAACUUACUUGAAAUUUUAUAUUACAGGUAACUUAUUGGUGACAUUAAGCCUUACUUAGGGUUGAUUAUUUUUAAACUUGGUUUAUCAGUCUUAAUUUCAGCGUCUUAUUAAUAAACGCGUCAUGCAUGUAACCUAACUCCACGGAACCUAUAUUUGUUGGAUGUACAAAGUUGGAGUAUUAAAGUAGAUGGUUUUAACUGACCAUAUUUAGACCAAGAAUGGUCAUUUUUUAUAAUAUAAUAAUAUAAUUGAUUUUUUUUUUUUUCAAAUUCAAUUGAAUGUUUUAUAACUAAUAAGAAUUUACUACAAUAUUUUAUUGUCACAAUAACUAGAAGUUUGUGCAAAAUUUCAAACAUUUAAGUGGCAUUGGUUUAAAAUUCUAUUCUAAAUAUUAACAGAUGAAUUUUAUUGAAAUCUUGUUGUCGCCUUAUACUUUUAUCAUGAAUUAACUAUUUCUAUGGGUUUAAUGCAGACUGUAAUUGAUGUUGUCUCGCU